AUGGAUAAACCCAUCGGCAAAGUGAGAAUUCGACUUUCAACACUUGAGACGUCGCGUGUGUACACACACACAUAUCCAUUGCUUGUCCUCAGCCCAUCAGGAGUUAAAAAGAUGGGUGAACUACAUCUUGCCAUCCGGUUCACAACAUCAUCCCUUAUCAAUGUGCUCUUUACAUACUCUAGGCCCCUCUUGCCCAAGAUGCAUUAUGCGCAACCUCUGUCAAUAGUUCAGCAGGAAAUACUCCGCCACCAGGCUGUGCAGCUUGUUGCGCAGCGCCUGGGGCGUAUGGAGCCACCAGUUCGCAGGGAAGUUGUUGAGUUUAUGUCAGAUGCUCGCUCUCAUCUGUGGAGCAUGCGACGGAGCAAAGCUAACUUCUUCCGUCUUAUGCAAGUCUUCUCAGGGGUCAUUGCUGCAGGGAAGUGGUUCGGUGAUGUUUGUCAGUGGAAAAACCCAGUCACCACAGUGUUGGUUCAUGUGCUCUUUAUCAUGCUUGUGUUCUAUCCAGACCUUAUCCUGCCAACAAUCUUCCUCUACAUGUUCUUGAUAGGGUUGUGGAAUUACCGGUUCCGGCCACGCUUCCCACCACACAUGAACACAAGAAUAUCUUACGCUGAUGUUGCACAUCCAGAUGAGCUUGAUGAAGAAUUUGACACAUUCCCAACCUCAAGGAGCCCAGAUCUCAUUAGGAUGAGGUAUGACAGGUUACGGCAUGUUGCUGGGAGGAUACAGACAGUUGUUGGGGACAUUGCCACUCAGGGAGAGAGAUUACAGUCACUGCUGAGCUGGAGGGACCCAAGGGCAACAGCUAUGUUCCUAAUAUUUUGCCUGAUUACUGCGAUUAUACUAUAUGUGACACCAUUCCAAGUGAUUGAACUCUGCCUUGGGUUCUUCUGGAUGAGGCAUCCUCGGUUUCGCCACAAGGUGCCGUCAGCACCAGCAAACUUCUUCAGGAGGCUACCUGCAAAGACAGAUUCUUUGCUGUAA